AUGAACCAGCCAUAUCCUUCAGCCAUAAACUACCCGCAAAUACCACCACCACCAAGAUCUCCAAAUUUAUCACCAUCCAAGUCAAACCCAAGAAACAAUCCAAUAAUAGACUUAAUAGAAACAGAAGAAAAAUAUGUGGAAGAUUUAAGAUGUUUAUUAAAGCGAGUUACUAAAAGCUGGGACCGUAAUAAUCCUCCACCUCGUGAAUUAGAUUCCAUGUUUCAACUUGUUGAUGAAAUUUAUGUACAAAAUAGUAAUUUUUACAAUCAUCUUAAUAAUAUAGGAUUAGAUCCGCAAUAUUUAACAGAAUUAGCAGAAAUAUUGAUUAAUUGGGUGGAUCAAAUGGAACCUUCUUAUACAAUUUAUUGUAAACAGUUUAGAAAAGGUUUUGAUGAAUGGCCAGAAAUUGAAGAGAAUUUGGUUCUGCAACAAACAUUGAAUCGGCUUUUGAGAGGUUCAGAACCUGGUCGGAAAGAUUAUAAUCUUUUAGCAGAAGCCAAUACACAUAUUGAUGCACUUAUAGAAUUAGAAAAAAAACAUGCUAAAGGAUCAAACAUAGAUCCGAGACCAAAAAGAAGAGAAAUUGAUCAAAACGAAAUUGAUGAUGAUAAUGUUGACAUGCCAUUACCAGUGCCACAAACAGUAAAAUACACAGUUAUCAAUCCAUUAGAUUCUCAAUCUGACUUAGAAACCCCCUCUUUACCACCACCAAUACCGCAAGCG